CAACUGUUCCGCAGUCAGCCACAAGGGGCGACGCCACAGCAGCUCCAGCUGCUGCAACAGCAGCAACAACAACAGCAACAACAGUACUUGGCCGCGUCGCAGGUGCAACAACAGCAGCAGCAACAGCAGCAGCAGAACUUCCCGGCUGCGCCGUACACCGUUAUCAGCGGCCAGGAGCCUUACGUGGGGGCAUUGAUAGCAGGUGCCCCUCCCGUUGUGCCGCAAUACUAUGGGGUCGGGCCAUGGGUCUAUUCCGCAGGACUCCUGCCGCAAGCGCCUCCUCAGGCUGCCGCGCCCCCGCCACCCAGGAGGCCGCUGACGCCGUCCUCGGCCGCAGCCGCAGCUGCAGCGGCCCAGGACACGGCCAACAACAUCGCCCAGACGGUAACGAACCCCAAAUAG